GAUAGAUUCGAAGUUUUAACAAAUAUGUGGAGAACGCUAUAAAGUCCUAAUGGGAAGUCACCGACGCGACGUUUGAGCCAUCGACUGAUGCUCGCUCGUCCUUUGUUGGCGGCCUAUGAGAAGAGAAGAAUUUGCAGUCAGGAAGCUGAAACUAAGCAUCAUAUCGUAGUCUGAUGGAGUCACCAAAUUUAUCACAACCUGAAUAUCAGCAUGUUUUAAACAUGGAAGCAAAAAGCACCGUUCAGAGUGGGGAGAAGAGUUUCAAGUGUUCUGUAUGUAGAAAAGGCUUCAGCCAAUCAACCGGCCUCAAGAACCACAAAUGCAGUCAUACUGGGGAGAAACUGUGGAAAUGCAGGGAUUGUGAGAAAGGAUUCAGUCACCGCUAUGCGCUGAAAAUUCAUCAACGUGUUCACACUGGAGAGAGGCCUUUCAUCUGCUUCAAGUGUGGGAAGGGAUUCACUAAGUUAUCCACCCUGCUCACACACCAGCGAGUUCACAGUGAGGAGGGACCUUUUAAAUGUACAGACUGUGGGAAAUACUUUAAAAGUUCCAGUGAUCUGAUGUCCCACGAAUGUAUUCAUAAUGAAGAGAAAAGGUUCAGAUGCUCUCACUGUGAGGCUGGCUUCAAGUGGUCAUCUCAACUGACUGUGCAUGAGCGCAUUCAUACUGGGGAGAGGCCAUUCACCUGCUCUGAAUGUGGAACUGGAUUCACUCAGUCGAAUCACGUCAAGGCACACCAGCAGGUUCACACUGAGGCGAGACCUUUUAAAUGCCCAAAGUGCAAAAAGUGCUAUAAAAGUUCAAGCCAUCUGCAGUCCCAUCAACGUGUUCACACUGAUGAGAGACCUUUUAAAUGUUCACAGUGCAGUAAGUGCUUUAAAAGUUCCAGGGAACUGAUAGUCCAUCAACGUGUUCACACUGACGAGAGACCUUUCACAUGCUCUCAUUGUGGAACUGGGUUCAAGAGGUCAUCUCAACUUACCAUACACCAACGUCUUCACACUGGGGAGAGGUCAUUUAUCUGCUCUGAAUGUGGGCAGGUAUUCAUUCGGUUCUCCACACUGUUGACACACCAGCGAGUUCAUUCUGGGGAGAGGCCAUUCACCUGCAAUGUGUGUGGAAAGGAAUUCAUUGAGUCAUCCCAACUCACGGCACACCAACGAGUUCACACUGAGGAGAGACCUUUCAAAUGUCCAGACUGUGGGAAGUAUUAUAAAACUGCUAGGGAAUUGAAGUUACACCAACGUAUUCACACUGAUAAUAGACCAUUCAGGUGCUCCCACUGUGGGACUGGGUUUAGAUGGUCAUCUCAUCUCACUGCACAUGAGCGUACUCACACUGGAGAGAGACCGUUCACCUGCUCCGAGUGUGGGAAGGGAUUCACUCAGAAAAUCCACUUGAUGACACACCAGCGAGUUCACACUGAGGAGAGACCUUUUAACUGUGCAGACUGUGGGAAGUGUUACAAAAGAUCCUGGGAUCUGAUGCGUCAUCGACGUGUUCACUCUGAGAGGCCUUUUAAAUGCCCAGAGUGUAGGAAGUGCUUUAAAAGUUCUGACGAGUUGAUGCUCCAUCAACAAUGUUCACACCAAUGAGAGGCUGUUCAGGUGCUCUCACUGCAUGUCUGACUUCAGGCGAUCAUCUCAACUCUGUACAUCAGUGAGCUCACAAUGGGGAGAGACCACCUAAGGCCUGUUGAUGUCUAUGUUCUCUAAGUUUCCAAUGUUUAGAUUUGAGAUUCUAAUUCCAGAAUUAAGUAUAUCACAUUUAAACUCAAUUAAAAAUUCUACAAUAUUAUGAUCACUAAACAGCAAAGUAAUAGUUUUAUACAAUUCUAACAUAACCUACCUGCUUUUAAACUCUAUGCUAAUAAAGGCAAAUAUCUCAUAUGCCUUUUUAAAAACUUUUAUCCAUUCUGUGACCUCAAGAGACAGGCGGACGUGCACACUAAGGUCCUUCUGAUUCUCGGUGCUUCUCAGGAUCCUUUAUCAUUUAUUCCCUUGUUUGUCCUGCCCAAGUGCAUCACCUCACCAAUGAAUGAAUAAGAAAGAGGAUAGGGGUGAUAUUUGGGAAGGAUGUUGGUAGGAGAAUGGUUUAAGUUGCUGUUUAUGUUAUGGUAGUUCAAAAUUGUCAUAUACGUACAAAGCCUUUUUUCUUUUGUGUAAUAAACUUGUUUGUUUAGUUAAAAGAACA